AUGGCCUCAGGAGGGGGUGUAAGGGGCUGGCGAGCAAGUGGGCAGCUGCUGGGCUGGUGGGACAGAGAAGCCCAGGAACAGGCCCCUGCCUGGGCCAGAGAGGAGCCAGGAGUCAUGAGGGUGGCACUGGGCAUUCUCUGGCUCUUGGCCCUUGGGUGGCCCCCUCAGGCUCGGGCAUCCUGCCCAUCUCAGUGCAGCUGCAGCCUCCAUAUCCUGGGUGAUGGCGGAAAGGCCAGGACGGUGGUGUGCAAUGAUCCUGACAUGACCCUGCCCCUUGCCUCCGUCCCGCCGGACACCUCCAGACUGCGCGUGGAGCGCACGGCCAUACGCAGGGUGCCCGGUGAGGCCUUCAGGCCCCUGGGCCGCCUGGAGCAGCUGUGGCUGCCUUACAAUGCCCUCAGCGAGCUCAGCGCCCUCAUGCUGCGGGGCCUGCGACGCCUGCGGGAGCUGCGCCUGCCUGGGAACCGCCUGACCACUUUCCCCUGGGCAGCGCUCAGGGACGCUCCCCAACUGCGGCUGCUGGACCUGCAGGCCAACCGCCUCUCCGCAGUGCCGCCGGAGGCUGCACGUUUCCUAGGGAACCUCACCUUCCUGGACCUCUCCAGCAACCAGCUGAUGAGGCUCCCUCAGGAGCUGAUUGUCUCCUGGGCUCACCUAAAGACCGGCCUCUUUCUUCCAGGCCAUCACACCAGGUUGAUCCUAGGGCUGCAGGACAAUCCCUGGGUGUGUGACUGCCGACUUUAUGACCUAGUCCGUCUCCUGGAUGACUGGGCCCCAAGCUUGGCCUUCAUUGAGACCAGGUUGAGAUGUGCCAGUCCCCGCAGUCUGGCCGGAGUGGCCUUCAGCCAGUUGGAACUGAGGAAGUGCCAGGGCCCAGAGCUCCGUCCGGGGCCAGCCAGCAUCAGAUCUCCUUUGGGCAGCACAGUAUUGUUACGCUGUGGAGCCACUGGGGUCCCUGGGCCUGAGAUGAGCUGGAGGAGGGUCAAUGGCAACCCCUUCAACGGCACAGUGCACCGGGAAGUUUCCAGUGAUGGCACGAGCUGGACUCUGCUGGGCCUGCCUGCAGUGUCUCACCUUGACUCUGGCGACUACAUCUGCCAGGCCAAGAACUUCCUGGGAUCCUCAGAGACUGUUAUCUCCCUGAUUGUCACUGAGCCCCAGUCUUCCACAGACCACAGUGGGAGCCCAGAGGCGCUACGGGCAAGGACGGGUGAUGGGGCAGAAGCUGCUGCUUACAACAACAAGCUGGUGGCCAGGCACGUCCCCCAUUUUCCAGAACCUGCUGUCCUGGCCACUGGGCCCUCUGUGCCCAGCACAAAGGAGGAGUUGGCCCUCCAGCAUUUCCAGAUGGGUGUCCCAGGAGAACUCCCUGAUGGGCGAGCAGGACCUCAGGAGGCCCGACUGGUGAAGUCUCUCAAGGUGGUGGGGGACACUUACCACAGCGUUUCCUUGGUGUGGAAGGCCCCCAAGGCUAGGAACACAACUGCCUUCAGUGUCCUCUAUGCAGUCUUUGGGCAGCGCAACAUGCGGCGGGUGAUUGUGCAGCCUGGGAAGACCAGCGUCACCAUCAAUGGGCUGGCACCCAAGACUAAGUAUGUGGCAUGCGUCUGUGUGCGGGGUCUUGUGCCCCGGAAGGAGCAGUGCGUUAUCUUCUCCACUGACGAGGUGGUGGACGCCGAGAACACCCAGCGGCUCAUCAAUGUGGUGGUGAUCAGUGUGGCCGCCGUCAUUGCUGUGCCUCUCACACUGCUAGUCUGCUGCGGUGCUCUCCAGAGGCGCUGCCGCAAGUGCCGCACCAGGGGUUCCACGGAGGCCACGGGCACCUAUGUCAACCUGGAGAGGCUGGGCCACAGCGAGGAUGGCUUGGAAGAGCUGUCCCGGCACAGUCUCAGUGAAGGUGACAGGCUCCUCUCGGCCCGUUCCAGCGUGGACUCUCAGUACUUGGGGGCCAGGGGGGGCAGACGGAUCAAUGAGUACUUCUGCUGAGGGGCAUGCCCCCUCCACUUACACACCUGCCCCUGUCCACUGUCCUCCGACUCUUCAACACUCACUCUGACACUUGAGUAUGUGUUCACCCACUCUUAUCCACUUGGAUCUUGCUCACUCAGACACACACAAUAGCAGCAAGCAGCAGCGGCAGCAGUAACAACAGCAGCUGACAUGCAUUAAGCAUUUAUGUUGUGCCAGGAAGUGUUCUAAGUGC